UUCUUUAUUUUUAAAGCCUUCCCUUCUCUUUUUCCAUUGCAGCUAGCUGAGAAGCGAAAACCCAUUAUUCUUGUUAUUAACAGAGUCACAAAGAAUCAAACUUUUCUGUUCUCUAUAGUAACGUUCUGGGCUAAGAAUAUCUGGCUUUGGUUGAAGUAGUAAUGGUUGGCAAGGAGAGUUUGAGAACUCAUGAGGUCUUGAACUUUAGCUUUGAGAAGCUUAUGAUGGUUGACUGUGGUGGAAAUAGUGGGAAAGGAGUGAACUUUAAAGCGGGGGUGAUCACAGAAUGGAAGGAUAUUCCAGUUGAGCUUUUGAUGCAGAUUUUGUCACUUGUGGAUGAUCAAACGGUUAUGAUAGCUUCUGAAGUUUGUCGUGGGUGGAGAGAGGCAAUUUGCUUUGGCCUGACUCGGUUAUCACUCUCAUGGUGUAGCAAGAACAUGAAUAAUUUGGUCCUAUCCCUAGCUCCUAAAUUCACAAAAUUACAGACUUUAAUCCUUCGUCAAGACAAGCCUCAACUAGAGGACAAUGCUGUUGAAACUAUUUCAAAUUUUUGUCAUGACCUCCAAAUCUUGGACCUCAGCAAAAGUUUCAAGCUUACCGAUCAUUCGUUGUAUGCCAUAGCCCUUGGUUGUCAGGAUCUUACAAAACUGAACAUCAGUGGUUGUUCAGCCUUUAGUGACAAUGCUCUGGCUUACCUGGCCAGUUUUUGUAGAAAGCUGAAAGUUUUGAAUCUCUGUGGAUGUGUUAAAGCUGCAUCUGAUACUGCGUUACAGGCAAUUGGGCAUUACUGCAAUCAGUUACAGUUUUUGAACCUUGGAUGGUGUGAAAAUGUCAGCGAUGUUGGAGUGAUGAGUUUAGCAUAUGGCUGCCGUGAUCUUAGAACACUCGAUUUAUGUGGUUGUGUCCUUAUAACAGAUGACAGUGUAAUUGCCUUGGCAAACAGAUGUCCUCAUCUGAGGUCCCUUGGACUUUACUUCUGCCAAAACAUCACAGACAGGGCAAUGUAUUCCUUGGCACAAAGCAAAGUGAACAACAGGAUGUGGGGUUCUAUGAAAGGUGGUGGAAAUAAUGAUGAUAAUGAUGAUGGACUAAGAACUUUGAACAUUAGCCAAUGCACAGCACUCACCCCUUCUGCUGUGCAAGCUGUGUGUGACUCAUGCCCUUCCCUCCACACCUGUUCUGGAAGACACUCACUCAUCAUGAGUGGUUGUCUGAAUCUGACUUCUGUGCAUUGUGCUUGUGCUGGCCAAGCACACCGUGCUUUCACUCUCCCACAUGCAGCUCAUUGAGCUAAGGGGUUGGCAAGGUUUUAAAUAUCAGUCGUGGUCGCGUUGUGAUUUCGUCACAAUCGUGGACAAGUGCGGCCAAUAUGGUUCCAAUUGCAGUUGCAUGGCAGUCGCAUACAGGUAAAAAAUCUUGAUGUUGCAGACGGAUAUUUAAAACCUUGGGGGUUGGUGAUGCAUAAAGACACUUUGAGGAAGUUCCCUUGAAGGGUUUGAUAGUUUUAGGUGUCUUGUUGAUAAGUUUAAGUUGAAUGCUGCAUCAUGUCAUGUUGAUUCUAGAACAGCUUGAGCUUGGUGCUUGAGUUUUCUUUUGGUCUCUGACUUUCAUGUGAAGGGUCAGAAUAUUUUGGAUGUAAAAAUGGCUCUGAAUUUAUUUUGUGACAUGGACUUUUAUAUAAUGGGAUGUUUAUGCAAGGAUGUGUGUUUUUUCUUAUGGGAA